AGUGCAACCACAAUGCUAUUAGUUUUCUGCGAUCGAAAGUGCCAUCACCAUUUCUAGGCGAUGAAAUUAGCGAUUAAAAUUAACAAAAAAAUAAUUAUCUGCUGAACGGUUUCAUGGAGUUCCAUGGGCACAGCCAAUAUCCGAAACUACUGCCAUGGACUAGCAGUUCUAUAGACAGCGGACUGUUAAUGAAAGGAAGACACUGCUAUUGGCCGUCAAGGUCUAUAUCUUUCCGUGGUCACAAGUGGAGUACAUGUACACCGAUAACUGGCUAUAAAAUCGAUGGGCUCUUUGUAAUACAGACGUUUUGGAGUGCACUCGUGUUUGAAGGACGUCUGUCUAUUGUGGUAAACGCGUCCUCCACAUGUACCAAAACAAAACUGAUUUAAAUGUGCAGGUCAAGCGUUGGUGUUUCCUAUAUACCCUACAUGUUUCGUUGCUUAAACCGUGUGGAAACAGAAAAGCAGCAUUUCCUGUUAUGAAUCAGAUUGUCAGUGGAAGCUGGGUGAGCCUACACGCGAUCGCAAUGGAUAACUUAACAGUAGACGGUAGCUUUUCGAUCAUGUACUCGUGCCCCAAUGAUGUUGUCUGCCUGUUGGAAGUGGUGGUUGUCAUCUUGGUUUCGUCUCUCAUCUUGCUUUCCAACACGGGCAACUUGGUGGUUCUGCUCUCGACAUCGGCUUUUCGCAAUAGCCACGGUUAUUUGUUAAUAUCUCUGAGCGUGGCGGAUUUUGGCGUGGGUUGCGUGGCGACCCUUUCCAUUUACCCGUCCGCUACAUUGCAAGGUUCGACCGAUUCCUGGCCAUACGGCGACGCGGCAUGCCUCAUCGCGGCCUACGCCGGCCAGCUGGUUCUGAUGAAUUCGGGUCUGGGUUUGAUGCUCCUCAGCAUCGAGCGGUACAUUGCCGUGGCCCACCCCUUGAAAUAUGCCCGGUUGGUGACUAAAAAGGCCACUACCAUCGCCAUCGCGUUGUGCUGGCUGCUAACCGCCUCGGUGUUCUCGACAGUUUUCGCCGACCUCCCGCCCCACUCGUACGCCCCGCAGUUCUACGUCUGUCAGUCGUUAACAAAGGUCCCGGUAUUCACUCUGUUGUUCAUCUUCGGUGCUGCGCUCCCCAGCGUGAUUGUCGUGCUGGUCACAUCGGCAAUAGUCAGCAGGAAGCUGAAGGAGAGUGCCCGUCUACGAGCUGCCUUUGUACCCGCCAUCACGCCAUCAUCUGCCAGCCAGGACUCCAACUUGUCUGGAGGUACCUCUCAAAAAGCCGUCAGACUAUCCCGCACGAUCAGAAUCAUGACCAUUGCUGUAAUACUGCAUAUGUUUCCGUUUCUGAUCGUAAUCAGUAUCACCGUAUUAAGUGACACGAAGAUUCCUCAGGUGAUUUCAUUCGCUUCAUACUGGUGGAUGAUCGCCAACAGUUUCGUCAACACCAUCAUCUAUUACCUGAAGACCACCAAGUUUCGAGAAAGAGUGAACGAAAUUGCCGACAAACUCUUACCCCAUUGCUUUAGGAAAAUCGAUGAGAGGCUAGUCUGCACCUGCAGGUGUCGGAAAAGACAAAGUAGUUCUACUCCCUCAUCAUCAUACGAGACUCCAGAAAAUCAAAAUAUGGAACUUGUUGCGGUCAGGAAGGACCAAGGAAACGGAAUCGAAAACGGUGGAUUUCAAGACAGCAAAACCUCCCUGGCAGAAAAUCAAACAGAUGAAUCUCAAACGGCAGUCAACCGUCUUUGAAUUAUAAACACGCGGUCACAUGCUUUACAUCAUGUACUUUACUUUAGACUAUUCACCGAUAAAGUUCCCAUUCGUCCAAUACGGUGUAUAAUCCCUCCCCUCGCAGUGUCUUUCCUGCGUUUUAAUGCCCUCCGACCUAUACAUGUAUAUAAUUAUAACCAUGCCCAACUCUACCCUGCCCUGAUGCCCCUACCUACACCUAGUACCCUGCUUGAUCUGUUCCACCAUGUCCUGUCCUGUCCUAGCCCCAUCCUUCCCCCAUCCCACAUUACCCACAAACCUAUACUACCUAAACUCCUCGAGUUUUUUUAUGACUGUACUGCAGUUUACUGGUUUAGUAUUGUGUAUUUGUGUAUCGUGAAUUAAGAGUAUUGUUUGUCAGUUGUCAAGAUUGUAUAAUUAUUGAACGAAUUUGUGUACCCCUUUCUAAUUAACAUACACUGGGAAAUAUGUCAUAACAAUAACAAAUAAAUGAAUUAAUGAACGAUUUUCUAAAUAAUUGGAACUAGAACUACAAAAUAGUGAAAACUCCACUUAUUUUCUGAUUAUGUUGCUGUUCACAGGACUUU